AAACAAGAAAAAACAUGACCAGUCAAGCCAUUAUAAAUGAAUUGUAUGAUUUCAUUUAUCCACUGGCCUUGCGGGCCGGUGAAAUCCUAAUGGAAGGCUAUAAUAAAGCCUCCAAGUGUGUCAAUAUUAAAAGUGAUUUCUAUGAUGUGGUCACCGAUUAUGAUAAUCGUAUUGAGGAAUUCUUAUGGUCGGAAAUUUUAAAAAAAUAUCCACAACAUAAAUUUAUUGGCGAAGAGGAUACGGCAAAAAAUGAUAAUAUCUGCAAGGAGUUGACAAAUGAUCCGACAUGGAUUAUUGAUCCCAUCGAUGGUACAUCGAAUUUUAUUAAACAAAUCCCGCAUACAUGUGUUUCCAUUGGCUUGGCCAUAAAUAAAGAAAUAGUGCUGGGUAUUGUCAAUACACCGGCUCAGGGUAAAAUCUAUACGACUAAAUUGCAUCAGGGAGCAUUUUGUAAUGGUCAACGGAUCGGAGUUAGUCAAUGUGAAAGGGUGAAUGAUGCAAAUGUUGGCUAUGAGGUCUCAUUGUUACAUGCCUCCAACAUUCGGGAUAAACAUAUUAAACGGAUUUAUUAUAUUGGGGCUCAAUCAAGAAGAUUACUUUCAUAUUCAUGUGUUGUCGACUCGCUGUGUAUGGUUGCUGCAGGUCAUCUAGAUGCUUAUCAUGUUGAGGACAUGUAUCCAUGGGAUUGUGCUGCCGGUUAUUUGUUGAUCAAAGAGGCUGGGGGUGUGGUAACACAUCCAUAUGGCGGGACAUUUGAUAUAAUGAAACCCGAUCUAAUAUGUGCCAGUACUGAGAAAUUACGUGGCGAAAUUGAAAGUCUAAUACGUAAAGCAGAUCAAACGAAGACUGUUGGAGGUGGGGAGGAUGAAAAGUGA